AUGAUCACCUUCAACAACCUGUGCCUGAAGCACGUGGGCGUGGCCUUCUACACCGUGGGCCGCUCGCUCAGCACCGUCUUCAACGUGCUUUUGCGGGUUCUGGCUGUAAUCCCUGUGAAUAUUCCCCUGAUCCUGAGGUUCUGUUCUCUGUUCUCUUUAGGCGGGUUCUGGCUGGGCGUGGACCAGGAGGCCCUGGCGGGUUCCCUGUCCUGGUCGGGCGUGGCGUUUGGCGUGCUGGCGAGCGCUUGCGUGUCUCUGAACGCCAUCUACACCAAGAAGGUCCUGCCCUGUGUGGAGGGCAGCGUGUGGCUGCUGUCCUUCUACAACAACCUGAACGCGUGCGUCCUCUUCCUGCCGCUGCUGCUUUUCUCCGGGGAACCCGCCCGGCUCCUCGCCAGCCAGCGGCCGGCCGCCGCGGGGUUCUGGGUCGCCAUGGCGACGGGCGGGGCUCUGGGGCUGGCCGUGGGCUACGUGACGGGUCUGCAGAUCCAGGUCACCAGCCCGCUCACGCACAGCGUGUCCGGCACGGCCAAAGCCUGCGCCCAGACGCUGCUGGCCGUGGCGGCCGCCCGCGCCCCGCGCAGCGCCCUCUGGUGGUUCAGCAACCUGCUGGUGCUGGGGGGGGCCUCCGCGUACUCCGGGGUCCGCACCCGGGAGAUGCAGGGGGGGGGGGACAGGGGGGGAGAUCCAGACCGGGGGAGGGAGAAGGAGCCGGAUGAAGAAAGGCUGCUACCAGGGGAGAAAGGAAGUGUCAACGUGUAG